CCCCGGCCAAGAUACAAUGAAGAAUUGUUAGCAUUUUCAGGCCACUUCAUAUUCUUCAUAAUAAACCAAAUUAGAUGCACAUAAAGAUACCUCAAGGUGUUAUCUGAGUGUUUCUGCAUUCAACUGCAACAUAGUAUUCAACCAGCCCGCAAACAAAACGACAGAAAACAGUAAACAUGUCUCAAGAAGGAUUUCAACCACCAGCACUGAAAACCAGCGCAGACACGAGCUUGGACACACAAGACUCACAGAGGACCAACCCUGCAAAGACACCUAUACAAGUCCUUCAUGAAUAUGGCACCAAAACUGGCAACUUCCCUGUGUAUGUGAUGGAGAAGGCUGAAGGAGAGGCUCACCAGCCCAGCUUCGUCUUCAGCGUGAAAAUAGGAGAAGUUAACUGCACAGGACAAGGUCCAAGUAAAAAGGCUGCUAAACACCAGGCUGCAGAGGCUGCCUUGAAUAUUCUACAGAUAGACGCUGGGACAGUGAACAUUCCUGUGAAGACUGAGAGUAACGGCGUUGUAGCAGAAACAAACAACCAUCCAAACUCUGUUGGGAUAUUGCAGGAGUUGGCGUUGCAGAGAGGAUGGCGUCUUCCUGAAUACACAGUUUUAAUGGAAGCCGGUCCGCCACACAAGAGAGAAUUCACUGUUACUUGUCGAAUGGAGUCCCUGUCAGAGAAAGCUAUAGGAAAUUCAAAAAAGGCAGCGAAAAAGGCAGCUGCAGAAAAAAUGGUGUCAAAGCUUCAAAGUCUGUCUGGCUGUUCUGAAAUCACAUGGACUCCUAAACCAAGCGUCCGAUUUGAGAACUUAAGGAACUCAUCAGCGGAGAAUAUAUCUUUACUGAGAAGAAACCCACUGAGUAUUCCCAACACAGAUUAUAUUCAGAUGAUGUUGGAGCUGUCCAAGGAGCAGGGCUUUGAGGUCACAUACUUCGAUAUUGAUGAGCUGACAGUAAACGGCCAAUACCAGUGCCUGGCAGAGCUGUCCACCUCCCCGGUCACGGUGUGUCACGGCACCGGCAUUUCCUGCAGCAACGCACACAACGACGCAGCACACAGCGCCCUCCAGUACAUCAAGAUCAUGGCCUCCACCAAGUAAACCCACCGCAGGCAACUUCUGCUUCACCUGUAAUGUCUCAUAUAGUCAUGAUGAGGCUGUAGAUUGUUCUUCCCACUAGUCUUCCCGAUCAUGGACGAUAUAAGCUCAAGGUAUAUUUUUAUAAUUAUGUGUACCACAAAGCAGAUCAUGAAACAAAAUAACUCAACAUACAUAGAUUUGAAUCAGGCAGUGUUUGUGAAGAGGCCAACUUAUUCAAUGUUCUAUAUAAAUUUAAGGAUGUGUUCAGGUUAGUAGAGUACCGUCAUGUUUUACUUGGUGUCCAACAUAUUGUAUUUAUGCAAAUGUACAUGUAAAUGAAGUUGGAACGGUAAAUAUGAAAAAGCACUUCCUCAUCUCCUUUUUACAUGUUUACUUUAGGCAUUAUUUAUAAACAUUAUUUGUUGUUUUAGUAGGACAUAUUUGCAUAAUUUCUUAGGAUGCAGAUUAUUAAGUUCCAGUUGUAUUAUUCUUUUUUAUUCCAUUCUCCCCCUGUAGCAAUUUAUUGAGCUGUACUGAGCCAACAGGAGAUCUUAAACUUUUUAUUUGCCUUUCUGUUAAAUUCUAAGAUGAAAAUGAAUUGAAAAAGAGAUUAUUUUGACCUGUCAUAUUUGAAAGAAUUGUCUGCAUUUUAAUCUACAGAUCAGGUCAACUCCAUUUUUUCCUACCUCCACUCUUCCAUCUGUCAGUAUGCAAUCUACAGUACAACCCCUGCUGUCUGUAUCUGGUCGAAUCAUGAUAAAUAUAACAUGUUUCUCCAUAUUCCCAUCCUGCUGGGUUUUUGCAGUGUGCCUCAUAGUUCUGUGUUAAUAAAUUUACUGACUGCUCUCCUCUGUUGUGGGGAGCAACAACAAAACAACAUGUGUGUGUGACUCCAGAUAAUAAACCAAUACACUAAAUGUUA